AUGAGCCUUAGGACAACGUCGAGGGCGCUGGGCGCCUUCCGGCCUCUUACUACCCGCUCAGCAUGCACUUCCAACCUGCGAUCCACCAGAAACUACUCGGCUAGCUCGGAGCCAGACCUGAAGACCACACUGAAGAGUGUCAUUCCGGCCAAGCGCGAGCUCCUCAAGAAGGUCAAAGCCCAUGGUUCGAAGGUCAUCGGCGAAGUCAAGGUCGAGAACACUAUUGGAGGCAUGCGUGGCUUGAAAGCCAUGGUAUGGGAGGGAUCUGUUCUUGACGCCGACGAGGGUAUCCGUUUCCACGGCCGUACAAUCAAAGACUGUCAGCGUGAGCUGCCCAAGGGCAAGACUGGCACUGAAAUGCUACCCGAGGCUAUGUUCUGGCUGCUUCUCACUGGCCAGGUCCCCAGCACCAACCAGGUCCGCGUUCUGUCUCGUCAACUUGCUGAGCAGGCCCAACUGCCGGCUUUUGUCAACAAGAUGUUGGAUGACUUCCCCCGCGACCUGCACCCCAUGACACAGUUUGCCAUUGCAGUCUCUGCCCUCAACUACACAUCCAAAUUUGCCAAAGCUUAUGCCGAGGGCCUCAGCAAGGCCGAUUACUGGGAGCCUACUUUUGACGACAGCAUUAGCUUGCUGGCCAAGCUUCCCACAAUCGCAGCCAAGAUCUACCAUAACUCGUACAAGGGUGGGGGUGCUCUGCCUGCCGAGGUCGAUCUGGAGCAGGAUUGGUCGUACAACUUUGCUGCCAUGCUGGGCAAGGGCGGCAAGGAAAACGAGAACUUCCAAGACCUGUUGCGAUUGUAUCUCGCUCUUCAUGGUGACCAUGAGGGAGGAAAUGUCUCAGCACACACCACACAUCUUGUGGGCAGCGCUCUUAGCGAUCCUUUCCUCAGUUACAGUGCCGGUCUGCAGGGUUUGGCUGGACCUCUCCAUGGUCUUGCUGCCCAGGAGGUUCUCCGCUGGAUCAUCCAGAUGAAGGAGGCUAUCCCUGCCAAAUACUCGGAAAAGGACGUAACCGACUACCUCUGGUCGACGCUCAACUCUGGCCGCGUAGUACCCGGUUACGGUCACGCCGUGUUGCGCAAGCCUGACCCGCGAUUCCAGGCCCUUAUGGACUACGCUGCGUCGCGUCCCGAGAUCGCCAAAGACCCAGUUUUCCAGCUCGUCCAGCUCAACAGCCAAGUUGCUCCCGAGGUACUCAAGAAACACGGCAAGACCAAGAACCCGUACCCCAACGUCGACUCGAGCUCCGGCGUACUUUUCCAUCACUACGGCUUCCACGAAACACUAUACUACACCGCCACUUUCGGUGUGAGCCGUGGUCUUGGACCGCUUGCCCAGCUGAUCUGGGACCGGGCUUUGGGUCUGCCAAUUGAGAGGCCCAAGAGCAUCAAUUUGGAGGGAAUCCUCAAGCUUGUCGGUGACAAGAACUAG